CUAUGAACAAAAAGGUCGUAAUGACAUGACAGGGCCGUGCAAGAAAUUUCUCUGCUACGUCUCCCGACAGCAAAGCACAAGAGUUGUUUUUAGAUCCAGUAGUGCAAGAGUACUAGUAGUUCUAAAACUCUUGAACACUACCAGUACUCCUAAGAUCGCAAAUUUUCAGCUCUGUUGAUUUGCCAUCAACCAUGGCUACCAAUACCAUGAAUCAGAUGCGUCUCCUCCUCCUACACCUCUUGUACCUUGGCCUGAGCCUUGCCGAUGACCAGUUCGUGUACUCGGGCUUCGCCGGCACUAAUCUCACCCUGGAUGGCGUGGCGGGGCUCACGGCGGACGGCAUGCUGGAGCUGACAAACGGCACGCUCCAGCGCAAAGGCCACGCCUUCUACCCCGCACCGCUGCGCUUCCGCAAUGGCACGAUGUUCCGGUCCUUCUCCGCCUCCUUCGUCUUCGGCAUCCUGUCCGACCACGUGGACCUGAGCGCCCACGGCAUGGCGUUUGUCGUCGCCGCCGGCAUGGACUUCUCCGCCGCGCUGCCCAGCGGCUACCUGGGCCUCCUCAACGUCCAGAGCAACGGCAACGCGAGCAACCGCCUGGUCGCCGUCGAGCUGGACACCAUGCAGAACGACGAGUUCGGCGACAUCAACGACAACCACGUCGGCAUCGACGUCAACAGCCUCCACUCGCUGCAGUCCUACUACGCCGGCUACUAUGACGACGGCAGCAACGGCGACUUCCGAAACCUGACCUUGAUCAGCGGCGAGGCCAUGCAGGUGUGGGUGGAGUACGACGGGGAGGCCGCCCAGAUGAACGUGACCGUGGCUCCGCUCAACGUGGCCAAGCCUACGCGGCCACUUGUCUCGGCCAAACACGACCUCUCGAAGGUGCUCACUGACGUGGCAUACGUCGGCUUCUCCGCCGCCACCGGCGGCACGCUUCGAUCGCGGCACUAUGUACUCGGAUGGAGCUUCGGGCUGAACCGCCCGGCUCCGGCCAUCGACAUCAACAAGCUACCAAGGCUUCCCCGUGUUGGUUCCAAGGACAGGUCCAGAGCCCUGACGAUUGGCCUCACAAUAGCAACAGCAGCCUUCCUCCUCACCGGUGCGGCGGCCAUUUUCGCCCUCGUGCGAAGGCACCGGAGGUACGCCGAGCUGCUGGAAGACUGGGAGGUCGAGUUCGGCCCGCACCGCUUCUCGUACAAAGAUCUGUUCCGCGCCACUGAAGGAUUCAAGAGCAACCACCUGCUGGGCAUAGGGGGGUUUGGAAGGGUGUACAAGGGGGUCCUUCCCUUGUCCAAAUCAGAGAUCGCCGUGAAGAGAGUGUCACAUGAUUCGAAGCAGGGCAUGAAGGAGUUCAUCGCGGAGGUCGUCAGCCUCGGUCGCCUCCAGCACCGCAACCUUGUGCAGCUGCUGGGAUACUGCAGGCGCAAAGGUGAGCUCCUCCUCGUCUACGAGAACAUGUCAAACGGGAGCCUUGACAAGUACCUGCAUGCCAACGACUGCUUGUUGGAUUGGACUACGAGGUUCCGGAUCAUCAAAGGUAUAUCUUCUGGCUUAGUCUACCUCCACCAUGAAUGGGAGAAAGUGGUGAUACAUCGAGACAUCAAGGCCAGCAAUGUUCUCCUCGACAACGAGAUGAACGGUCGAUUAGGCGACUUCGGCCUAGCGAGGCUGUACGACCACGGCUCCGGCCCCGGCUCCGACUCCGACCCGCAAACUACCCAUGUGAUCGGCACCAUAGGCUACAUAGCUCCAGAGCUAGGCCGCAAUGGCAAGGCAUCUCCCCGGACAGACAUAUUUGCCUUCGGGGUGUUCAUGCUGGAGGUUACAUGUGGGCAGAGGCCUAUCAGCCAUGAAAGAACAGACGACCAUGCCUUGCUGGUCAAUUGGGUGCUUCACCACUGGCAAAAUGGAUCCCUUUUGGACACGGUGGAUGUUAGGCUCCAAGGAAGCUAUGAUGAGAAUGAGGCCAAUUUGGUGCUAAAGCUUGGACUUCUAUGUGCGCAUCCAUUCAGUGAUGCAAGGCCGAGUAUGCGCCAAGUCAUGCAGCAUCUGGACGGUGAGACGCCCUUACCGGAGCUGAUGCCGACCUACCAGGUGAUAUCCAACAUGCUAGUCCCACUAGAAACAAAGGAAUUCCAAGAACCUGAUGAUACUUCAUAUCUCGAGUCCAACGCAACUAGCCUCUCAGGAGGAAGAUAACAAAAACACUAUUGGUGUCGGCGUCUAUGUGUCAUAUACUCAUGUCUAUUUAAUUACAGAAUUGCUAAAUCUCAGUCGACUGAUACUUAACAAAGUCUUAGUCGAUGCUAUGUUUGUAAUAUCUUACAUGGAGAUCCAUGCAAAGUUUUUUUUAAUUUUUUC